CGUGACGAUAACUCUCGCAACGUCCACUCCCCACACUCCGCUGUACUAUAAAAAUCAUCCUCCCCCCUCUUUUCCUCACCAUUAUCAUCAGCAAAUUCACACACACACACACACAACAAAUCAAUUCGUGUUUUGAUCUAUUAUAUAAAGCAGCGAGAAUGUCGAUGAUUCCCAGCUUCUUCGGGCGCAGAUCAUCCAACGUAUUCGACCCAUUCUCUCUGGACGUUUGGGACCCACUCCAUGGCUUUCCCUUCAACAGCUCCAGCUUCGGGCCGCUCUCGGAUCAGCUCCGUUCAGGGGAGGCUUCUUUCGCCAACGCAACCAUAGACUGGAAGGAGACUCCCGAGGCUCACGUGUUCAAAGCUGAUGUGCCUGGCCUUAAGAAGGAAGAGGUCAAGGUGGAAGUGGAAGAUGAUCGUGUCCUUCAGAUCAGCGGAGAGAGGACUCGUGAGCAGGAGGACAAGGGCGACACUUGGCACCGUGUCGAGAGGAGCAGUGGCAAGUUCCUGAGGAGGUUCAGGCUUCCGGAGAAUGCAAAGGUGGAUCAGGUCAAGGCUGGGAUGGAGAAUGGGGUUCUGACUGUGACCGUGCCUAAGGAGCAGGUUGUUAAGAAGCAUGAUGUCAAGUCCAUCCAGAUUUCUGGUUGAUUUUGUUCCAAAAUGUCUGAAAAUUAGAGAGUCUAUGUUUUUUGUUAUUAGUGUCCUUUGUAAUUGGUCUUGAGUGUUGAGUCUUUGUGCUAAGUCAAUUCAGAUUUCUGGUUGAUUUUGGUCCAAAAUGUCUGACAAAUAGAGAGUCUGUGUUUUCUUAUCACUAUCCUUUGUAUUGCUCUUGAGUAUUGAGUCUUUGUGUUAAGUCUUGGUUGUGUUGAAAUGUUGCUAUGGUGAAUAAAAUGUGCUAGUAUUAUGAAUCAA